AUGUCACAAGCGAAGGUUCUUUACUUCUCCGGUGAGAUCCCUCAGGGAAACCCCGAGGGUGACCAACGAGAGCUGUUCAGGAAACUUCAUCUCCUGAGCAAGGAAAGGAACCAUCCAGUAUUGGCGUCGUUCCUUGACUGCGUUACAACGGCGGUAAAAGACGAAUGCAGUCACCUGAUUCGGGAACAGAGAGAUCUGCUGCCGUGUUUCGAGAGCGUACUGGAUCUGACGGAUCAUGUCGUGGAGCUGAGGAGGACUCCGCUCGGCGCCGCCGUCGAGCGAGUGCUCGUCCUUGUGUUCCAGCUAGGCAGCUUCAUAGCAUACCACGAGGCUCAUCCAUUAGAGUUCAACUUUCAGCCAACCAAUACGUCUCUCAUUGCGAGAGGCCCAGGCUUGCUCUCGGCAGCGGCGAUCGGGCUCUCUCCCAGCAUAUCGAUGGUUCCGGCCAUUGCCGAGGACAUUACGCGGGUCGCGUUCCGCUUCGGAGUCGUCGUUGACCAGGCAUACCCUGAGACAAAUAUGGCCUCCGUGUUCAACGUCGAUGGAAACUCUGUCAGCAUUGGUGGCACCCCCUCGACCCUCAAGGCUCUGUUCUCAGAAUCCGAAUACUUUCUAAAAGCAAAGCACGUACCGAUGAAAAAGGUCCAAGGGAUGUGGCACGCACAAAACGUCUAUGGCAUAGAGCAUGUCAAGCAACUCGUCCCGAAAACAGAGCAGGGCCGCCGGCUGCAUUUGCCCUUGUUCUCACCAGUAUCGGGACUCCCGUUUGACGCCACAGACGCAACGAAACUCCUCGAGCAGAUCAUGGAGGAGAUGUUGACACAAACGAUCCGCUGGGAUCGGACCAUCGAUGGUGUUACAAAUCGGUUAAAGAAGAUGUCGCCUGGUUCCAUCCAGCUCAUUUCAAUACAGCCGUCACACUACAUCGGGGCCCUGCUCGACCAUUGGCGAGGAGAGGUUCCUGAGGCAUCAUUGUCAAGCCAGGACAUGAUGUCGGCUGUCAUGGGCCUCACCCUGGGUAAGAGUCGGCCGAGAGACGCAAAAUCGUCCAAGAUAGCCGUCGUGGGCAUGUCUUGUCGGUUCCCUGGAGGAGCAGACGACACAGAAAAGUUUUGGGAGCUGUUAAUGCAAGGGCGAGACGUCCAUGACCACAUCCCCCAUGACCGCUUCGAUGCGCAAACUCACGUCGACCCGUCGGGAAAAACGCCAAACACGUCCAAGACAUCGUACGGCUGCUUUGUGGACAACCCUGGUCUAUUCGAUGCCAUGUUUUUUGGCAUGUCCCCGCGCGAGGCUGAACAAACCGACCCGAUGCACCGACUUGCCAUAGUCACGGCAUACGAGGCGCUUGAGAGGUCUGGCUACGUUCAUGGCCGGGGCAUACACCGCCGGCGCGUGGGUACAUUCUACGGCCAGGCAAGUGACGAUUACCGCGAGGUAAACUCCGGCCAAGACGUGGGCACAUAUUUCAUUCCCGGAGGAUGUAGGGCGUUUGCGCCCGGCCGCAUCAACUAUGUCUUCAAAUUCUGGGGCCCAAGUUAUAGCGUCGACACAGCUUGCUCAUCCAGCUUGGCGGCCAUACAAACCGCAUGCACUUCUUUAUGGAGUGGAGAUGUCGACAUGGCCAUUGCUGGCGGCCUCAAUAUCCUCACCAACUCAGAUGUCUACGCCGGGCUGAGCAACGGCCACUUCCUAUCGCCCACCGGUGGCUGCAAGACGUGGGACGAAGGGGCUGAUGGCUACUGCCGGGCAGACGGAGUAGGCAGCGUCAUUCUAAAGAGGCUAGAGGAUGCCGAGGCCGACAACGACAACAUUCUAGGGGUUGUGCUAUCUGCAGCCACAGAUCACUCGGCCGAGGCCGUGUCCAUCACACACCCCCACGACGUUGCGCAGGCGCAUCUAUACACCCAGGUUGUACGGCGUGCUGGAAUCGAUCCGCUCGCCGUUGGAUACGUCGAAAUGCAUGGGACAGGAACCCAGGCAGGUGACUCAAACGAGAUGAGGUCCGUCACCAGUGUUUUCGCCCCUGGAGCCGACGGGCAUGCACACAUGCAGCGCCGCCAGUCGCCACUGUACAUUGGAACAGCAAAGCCGAAUGUCGGCCAUGGAGAGGCUGCUGCGGGAGUCAUCUCAUUCAUCAAGACCAUGUUGGUUCUUCAGAAAGGAAUGAUUCCUCCCCAUGUUGGCAUCAAGACGCGGCUGAAUCCGGCUUUGCCUCAGGAUCUGGCCAAGAGGAACGUGGUCAUCCCCUACACAGCGAAGCCCUGGGGACCAAGCAUCGAAGAAACGCGACUCGCUAUGGUGAACAACUUUGGAGCCGCUGGGGGGAAUACGUCCAUCAUCGUCGAAGAGGCGACGCCGCGACCGAGAGUAGGCGAGGAUACUCGACCAGCACAUGCUCUCACGGUGUCGGCAAAAACAGCCAAUUCCCUGCAGGCAAACCUUGUGCGGCUGGUAGAAUACAUUCAGGGUCACGAGGACCUGUCCAUCGCAGACCUGGCAUACACUCUAACAGCCCGAAAGAUGCAUUACAACUAUCGGGUGUCCAUCAUGGCGUCCACCCGUGUUGAAGCCAUUGAGCAGCUCAGGCCCCAUAUCGAAACGUCUCUGGCUCAAACGCCACAUUCGGGCAAACAAGCUCCCGUGGCGUUCGCGUUCACAGGGCAGGGUGUGUUCUACAUUGGUAUAGGCGCGCGGCUAUAUCGAGACGUUCCCGGAUUCCGCCAGCAGCUUGACCAACUUGAUAGCCUGGCGCGGCGGCAGAGAUUCCCGUCAUUCUUGUCCAUCGUCAAUGGGACCUGCCUCCCGGAGGACGUGUCGAUCGUCUCCAUGCAUAUGGCCAUAGUGUGCGUCGAAAUUGCUCUGGCGCGACUGUGGGCAUCAUUCGGCGUCAAGCCGAGUGUUGUCAUCGGACACAGCUUGGGGGAAUAUGCGGCACUCAAUGUGGCGGGUGUCCUGUCCGACAGCGCCACCGUCUUCCUCGUUGGCACUCGCGCUGCACUUCUGGCUUCAGCAUGCACCCCCAACACUCAUGGCAUGCUCUCCGUACGUACUUCCGUGGACAACGUGACGCAGGCUGCGGGCGACAUCCCGUUCGAGGUUGCCUGCAUCAACAGCCCUAACGAGACGGUGGUUGGUGGCUCGCUCGCCGACCUGGACGCCCUGUCGGCUUCUCUCGCCACUCAGGGUUACAAGGCCAUUCGAUUGGACGUCGCGCAUGCCUAUCAUACCAGCCAGAUGGACGCCUUGCUGGACAGCUUCAUCAUGCAGACCCGGUCGGUUGUUUGCAAGAAACCCAGCAUCCCCAUCAUUUCCCCUCGAAGCGCCCGGGUGCUCACGCCUGACGAUGCUGUCGACGUAUCCUAUCUUGCUGCUGCAACCAGGGAAACGGUGAACUUUGCUGGGGCUCUCAAUGCUGCAUGGGAGGCUGGGGUCGUUUCGAGCGCCACCAUCUGGCUCGAGAUGGGACCCCAUCCCAUUUGCAGUGGCCUCAUAAGCCGGACCCUGCCCGAGGCUGGGUUGAUCUGCCCAAGUCUGCACCGAGACAGUGACGAUUGGAUUACCCUAGGCAAGGCACUUAGUGCCCUGUAUACUGCUGGGAUUGAUGUUCACUGGAACGAAUAUCAUCGACCGUUCGAGCCGGCGCUACGGCUCCUCGACACGCCGACGUACGCGUGGAAUAACAAGAACUAUUGGAUUCAGUAUCGCGGCGACUGGAAUCUGACGAAAGGACGAUCUGGGCCCGAAUCCGUUCCUGAAGCAGGCGUCGUCGACUUCAAAACGUCCAGCAUCCACCGAGUCACCUCAGAGCAGUACAGCGGAUCCAAGGCCCAGGUAUCGGCGGUAUCGAGUAUGACUGACCCGGUCCUCGAGGGUGUGAUUGACGGACAUGCCAUGAAUGGCCAUGGAGUGGCUUCCUCGUUCCUUCACGCGGAAAUGGGUUUCACGCUGGCGAAGCGCAUCUACAACCAGAGCUUCUCGGAAUUGACCGCGACCGGUAUCAACGUGGCGGAUUUCGAGUAUCACGAGCCUGUUGUCAAGCAGCGUAGAACACAGGACACGCAGCCCAUCCAGGUUACCGCAGAGGCCGACCUGGACAAGAUGGCCGUCAACAUUAAGUGGUUCAAUCCCGCCAAUGAGCUCUGGUACUGCCAUGCGACGGCGUUCUACGAGGAUCCCACGUCCUGGCUGUCUACGUGGUCUCGGUCAGCCAGAUUGGUGACAAGCCGCAUCGAAGCGCUGCAAGACAUGGCGGCUGCGGGGACGGCCAGCAAACUCAAGACGGACCUCGCCUACAGCCUGUUUGGCAAACUUGUGGACUACUCUGACAUGUAUCAGACCAUGCAGUGGGUGAUCCUUAACGAGGACGAGGCCGUGGCCGAGGUACAGUUCCCUUCAGACACCAGUGGGAAUUGGUCCAUUCCGCCUCACUUCAUUGAUGGGGUUGUUUCGCUGUCGGGAUUCAUCUUGAACGGUGGCCCGCACUUUGACAACACUAACAACUUCUUCGUCACGCCGUCCUGGAAAUCGAUGCGCUUUGCAAAGCCGCUGACUCCGGGCGCUCGGUACCUGUCGUACGUCAGGAUGGUGCCCGCCGACACCCAUUCGUUUGUCGGAGACGUGUACAUUCUGCAGGACCGUGAGAUCGUGGGAGUCGUGGAAGGAAUUGUGUUUCGGCAGUGGCCGAGGGUCAUGCUCAACCGCUUCUUCACUCCUCCAGAUGCCCUAGGCGGACCUUCCGCGAAGAUGCCUGCUGCAAAGACCGAGCUAUCAUCCCAGCGCCAGGCUGCUUUGACGCCACCUAGCCCAUCUGAGACUUCGGACUCCUCGCUGGUUGUUGUCUCCCACGGCAGCCAGGAAAUUCCGACUGGAAAGUUGACUUCCUCAGCUCAAAUGGCAGAUGAUUCGGAUCCCGCUGGCUCAGAAGCAGCAGACCGCAUCUCCCGCGCACUCGAGUUGGUGGCCCAAGAGCUUGCUGUGGACACCGGACUGCUCAGGGAUGAUGCGCAGAUUGCCGACCUGGGUCUCGACUCUCUCAUGUCCCUGGUCGUGGCCCAGAGGCUACGCGAGGAGCUGCGAAUUGAAGUUAGGGACGCCUUCUUCCUGGAAGUCUCCACUGUCGGGGACUUGAAGAAACUGCUUUCUUAA